AUGUCGGCCCACGGCGAUAGCAGUAGUCAACAGCUCGAGAAGUUUGAGCUGGGGACUGUUUCUGAAAACUACGCUCAAAUCAAGCAACAGCUGCGCGACAUCUACGACGCCCUAUGCGAACUCGCCUACGAAAUCAUCACCUCCAAGACCACCCAGAAGACGGUUCUCUACUCGAUCCUGGGCACCACCGCGUCCGCCAUCUUUUACGGUGUUGCGAUUGUUGUGUACCUCUUUUGUUAUCACAGAUAUCUGCCUGAUCAGGUUACGAAUGUGCCGCUGCAUCUUCAAUAUGGCUACGGCCCAAACCCCUACGGCAUCUCCCCCCUCACAUCAUACAACCUCAAACCCUCUCAGCCCUACGACAUCUCCGUCACCCUCAACCUCCCCCGCUCCCCGACCAACAUCUACCGCGAAAACGGCAACUUUAUGGUCGCUUUACACCUGCUCAACGGCUCGCCCGAGAUCCAGCGCGUCAUCCAACCGCCCGUCCCGCCGCUCAACAUCGACAACCCUCUCACCGGCAAGCCCGGCGGGCCCGACAUUUUGACAUCCUCCUUCGUCACACCCAUCCCGCUCGCCGUGCCCGACCCCAUCUCCCACCUGACGCACAACAAGAUCUUGUUCUCUUCCACCCGCACAGCGGUGAUUCCGUACAUCGACCCCCUGGUAGCGCAGGCGAAGCGCGUCAUGUUCCUCGGCUAUCACGUCCUUUUCCCCGAACACGCGGAGCAGGUUAGCUUGCAGGUUCCCCUCGCGGAAAAGGUUCAGUUCCCGAGACGCGGUGGUAAGAAUGCCGCUGGUCUGGGACUGGUGGGCGAUGGCACGCCGACUAGUUUGCUCGUGGAGGUGCAAGCGGGACAAAAGUUGCAGGUGUAUGAGGCUAGCGUCACCAUCACGGCGAAGCUGAAUGGACUCAGGUGGUUUAUGUACCACCAUCGGGUCGUCAGUUUCCUGGUGGGCACGGGGCUGUUUUGGGCGGCCGAGGUGGUGUUGAUGGUUGUCGGGUGGGGGGUUGGUGGGUAUUUGUUGAGUCGGGUUUUGGAGGGUUCUUCUUCUGCUAAGGAUGGAGAUUAUGAUGCUGCUGGGGACAAGAAGGGAACCACGAAGGGUAAGAGAAAGGUUGCCAGAAUCCAAGAAGGAAGUACUGGUACCGGAGAUGGAUACGACCCGGAACACGAGACCGACGAGGAGAGUACCAUGUCGGACACCGAGCGAACAUUCCCUAGCCGGUCGGGGGCGCCGCCGUUGAAGUACGAGCCGGGGACCAUCAAGUCAGAAGAAGAGAAGGAAAAGAUUAAAGAGGAGGAGGACGAAGAAGAUGACGAUUUGUAUGAUUUACCGGUGCACUUGCCCAGCGUCAAGGAGGCUGGACACGAGUUUAGGGAUUCGGGGAUUGGGACUAGUGGAUAUAGCGAUAUGUCGAGCACCACCACGGCGGUGGGAAGUGGAAGUGGAAGUACCACCGCUAGGAACAGGAGAGGGAAAAAGGAGUAG